GCAGGACGUGCGGCUCUUUAUAGGAGAGGUGGAUGUGUGUGAGGAGCUGUCAGCAGCAUCGUGAGCAGAAGCACAAGCCCACAGACUGCUGCACACGGCAGCCUAGCCCAGGACACAAGGGGCUACAUGUGUGAGGGGACAGAGUAGACACAGCUGCCUGGGCGAGGAGGAGAAGCCGGCAGCAGCUCCACACUGCAGAGACCCGCGGGCGACAGCACUGCGAACAAUGCUGUGAGAGGCAGAGAGCAGGACACGACUGACGAGGGUUCAACAAGCCGUUAAAAUGCCAGAACAAAGUAAUGAUUAUCGAGUAGUUGUGUUUGGUGCCGGAGGUGUUGGGAAGAGCUCAUUGGUUCUACGAUUUGUGAAAGGAACAUUUCGAGACACGUAUAUUCCCACGAUCGAGGACACAUAUCGGCAAGUCAUCAGCUGUGACAAAAGUGUUUGCACUCUACAAAUCACAGAUACAACUGGAAGUCACCAGUUUCCAGCCAUGCAGCGACUCUCCAUUUCCAAGGGUCAUGCCUUCAUCCUGGUCUUCUCAGUCACCAGCAAACAGUCUAUUGAGGAGCUGAAGCCUAUCUAUCAACAGAUCCUGCAGAUUAAAGGAAGUAUAGAGAGUAUUCCAGUAAUGCUGGUGGGAAACAAGUGUGAUGAGACACAACGUGAAGUAGAUACAAAAGAAGUAGAGGCGUUGGCCAAAGAGUGGAAAUGUGCCUUCAUGGAGACCUCUGCCAAGAUGAAUUACAAUGUGAAGGAACUUUUCCAAGAGCUUCUAAACUUGGAGAAAAAGAGGAACAUGAGUCUAAAUAUUGAUGGCAAAAGGUCUAGCAAGCAGAAGAGGGCAGACAAAAUUAAGGGGAAGUGCAGUGUCAUGUAAGCAAUCAAAAUACUGGUGCAUCCAUUUCAUUCAUGUAUAUGCACAGUCAUGCCAGUUUUCUCUUUUGUUCUUGCUUUGAAGAGAGAAGUCCAUGCCCCUUGCUGCAUUUUAACACUGUGACUGCCCAAGCAUACAGAAACUGCCUUGCACAUUCACUGUGCAACAACUACAGGUUUUGCUUUACAUUCCAAUGUCAUUAAUUUUUAUUUUUUGAGAAUGCAAAAAUAUGACAGAACAAUACCCCGUUCUCCCUUUUCUAUUUUAUUUUUUUAACAAAGGACAUUGGAAGUGUGAAAUAUCUAUCCUGCUUCACCAUGCAUAUGUAACAGUGGUAUACAAGUUCAUGGAUGGUAGCCUUAUGAUCACAUAUACAGUUGUAUGAUUUACUCAAUUAUAAAAGGGUGGUGCUUAAAUAAAGUUUCAGGAAUGUGUCCCGGUCCAAAAGAACACUAGAAGGAGAUGUUUUGAGGGCCACAAACAGGGACUUCAGAGAGUACAGAAUCACCUUUGGUCUUAUCUAUAUAGUCCUGAGAUGACAGAGAAGGCCUAAAACAAGAGAAAGUCAACUUCCAAGACUUGACAUGGAAAAGCAUUCUGCAUGCUUCUAUUAAAUUGUUCAUCUGAACGGAAAUGCUGGCCAUCUGAAUUUAAAGAAGAGAAAACCUUGGCUUUACAGAUUAGGAAUUUAUAUACUUGAAGAUUAAGUUGCUUAUGAGUACAAUUAUGAAUUUGGAGGUAUGGACUAGACCACACAGAAAUAUAUAUAUAUAUAUAUAUAUAUAUAUAUAUAUAUCUAAUGAAAAAAAAGAUGACACUUUGGCACUUAUUAUUUCAUAUACUUCAUACAGGUUCUUAAAAAACACGCCAUUCCAACCAAAAAGAAAAAAAAAACAUAGAAGUUUGGCUUACUACUCUCUGUAAGAAAGGAAAAUGCCAUUUAGACACUAUUGUUAUA